UCGUUGCUGGUGGCCAACACCUAGUGUAAGCGUGGCUGUGUAUUGGAAGAGUGCCUCCGUUCACUCCACUUCCAUUCGAUCCAAGCAUUCCCACUCAGAGUCUGGGCAAAAAGAGCUCUGGAACCUAUCAUGGCGCGUUGGUGGCCAAUUUUGAGCGUUGUGUGCCUCUGCCUGGCUGUUGCACAUGGCCAGGACAAGCUGGAGGGCGUUGAUGUGGAGGAGGUGUGCGCCGACCGUCCAGCGGAUGAGUACUUCCGCCUGGAGACCGACGGCGACUGCCGCGAGGUGUACAGAUGUACCAAGUCGGGUUUGAAAGAAAUUCAGUGUCCUUCGGGUCUGGCCUUCGAUGUGAUCAAGCAGACCUGCGACUGGAAGGCCAAGGUGACCAAUUGCGACGAGAAAGAGAAGCCCCGCAAGGCCAAGCCCAUCCUGAAGACGGACGAGCCCAUCUGCCCGGAGGGCAAGCUGUCCUGCGGCGACGGCGAGUGCCUGGACAAGGAGCUCUUCUGCAACGGCAAGUCCGACUGCAAGGACGAGUCCGAUGAGAACGCCUGCUCUGUCGAUGAGGAUCCCAACCGCGCGCCCGAAUGCGAUCCGACGCAGUGCGCCCUGCCCGACUGCUUCUGCUCGGCGGACGGAACCCGCAUCCCCGGCGGCAUUGAGCCGCAGCAGGUGCCCCAGAUGAUUACGAUCACCUUCAACGGCGCCGUCAACGUGGACAACAUCGACCUGUACGAGGACAUCUUCAACGGACAGCGCCAGAACCCCAACGGCUGCUCCAUCAAGGGCACCUUCUUCGUGUCCCACAAGUACACCAACUACUCGGCGGUGCAGGACCUCCACCGUCGCGGCCACGAGAUCUCCGUGUUCUCGCUGACGCACAAGGAUGACCCCAACUACUGGACGGGCGGCAGCUACGACGACUGGCUGGCCGAGAUGGCCGGCUCCCGACUGAUCGUGGAGCGCUUCGCCAACAUCACCGACGGCUCCAUCAUCGGCAUGCGGGCGCCCUACCUCCGCGUGGGCGGCAACAAGCAGUUCGAGAUGAUGGCCGACCAGUUCUUCGUGUACGACGCCUCCAUCACCGCCUCCCUGGGCCGCGUGCCCAUCUGGCCAUACACCCUGUACUUCCGCAUGCCGCACAAGUGCAACGGCAACGCCCACAACUGCCCAUCGAGGAGCCACCCCGUGUGGGAGAUGGUGAUGAACGAGCUGGAUCGUCGUGACGACCCCACCUUCGACGAGUCCCUGCCCGGUUGCCACAUGGUGGACUCGUGCUCCAACGUGGCCAGCGGCGACCAGUUCGCCCGCCUGCUGCGCCACAACUUCAACCGCCACUACAACAGCAACCGUGCUCCACUUGGACUCCACUUCCACGCCUCGUGGCUCAAGUCGAAGAAGGAGUACCGCGACGAGCUCAUCAAGUUCAUCGAGGAGAUGCUCGGCCGCAACGACGUGUUCUUUGUGACCAACCUGCAGGUGAUCCAGUGGAUGCAGAACCCCACCGAGCUGAACUCGCUGCGCGACUUCCAGGAGUGGAAGGAGAAGUGCGACGUCAAGGGCCAGCCCUACUGCUCCCUGCCGAACGCGUGUCCCCUGACCACCAGGGAGCUGCCCGGCGAGACGCUGCGCCUCUUCACCUGCAUGGAGUGCCCCAACAACUACCCCUGGAUCCUGGAUCCCACCGGCGAUGGCUUCUCCGUCUAAGACCGUCGUCGCUGUCUCUGUGCUUCCACCUUCCCAAACAGGAGAACAACUCACAGUAGUUCCACCGAGAGUCUGAUAAACUAAACAAGCUGUACCAGCUCAUCUAUGCUGAUCCAUCUACAGAAUACUCAAAUCGUUGCAUCCUGCUUCUUGUGUGAUCCUAGCCCACUUCCUCUCCGUUAUUUAUGUGAAUUUCACUUUCCCUCUGACAGCUCUGCUCUCCUAUCUUCUAUCUUAUCUGUAUCUUCUAUCUCAUCUGUAUCUUCUAUCUUAUUCUGUAUCUGUAUCUUUCACCUCUGUGCUUUAUCUCUCUGUUGAUUUCAAAAGUGAUUUGUUUUAAUUUACCUAGCUGCCUCUUUGACCAGCUCAAAGACAAUUUCCACAAACAAACAAAACCAAGCGCCAAAAAUCGCAGCAGCAAAAAUAUCUUCGUAAUUGUAUAAGUAUUUUUUAUAAGAAAAAUAUAAAAAAUAUAUAAAAAAAAUGAA